AAACGACCUUGUCCCUCAUUCGUUAAUAAAAGGGGGACUGCACAUUAUCUCAGUACAUCGAGUUGAAUUAUUACAGAGUGUCGUCGGUGUGAGACUCACUAUGACAUCUGAUAAAAUAGAAAACUUGGACAAUCUCAUCGCCGAGAUCAUUCCCAAGAAUUAUGCUUUUGUUGAUGCGAAAAUAACACGACUAACAGCUUCUGGUGACAAUUAUGGCAGUCUUUUACUGGCUGUGGACAUCACUGUGAAGAAUGAAAAAGAAAACAAACUAAUCCACGCCGUAGCUAAGAGGCCGCCGUCAAACAAACUCGUGCAAGAGCUUUUUAAUAGUCAGUUCACUUUUCCUAACGAAGUCGGUUUUUACCAGACCAUUAUUCCGUGUUUGAGGCAGUUCCAGCAAGAACAAGGUGUCAAGGAUUUGAUUAGUUGUUUCCCUGAGUUUUACACGGCCAGGUUGAGUAAAGACGCGACUGGAAAAGUUGACGAAAGCUCUGUAUUGUUAAUCAAAAAUAUCAAAAAAGAGGGUUUCCAAACUUUGGACAGAACAGUGGGGUUUAACCUUGAACAGGGGCGGUUUAUUUUGGGGAAAAUGGCAGAGAUGCACGCCACAAGUCUUGCACUGAAAAUUCUGAGACCUGAAGAAUUUAAAUCGAAACUGGGGCCGUUUUUACAACAGUACAAAGUGUUUGAGAUGGCCGAAGAGGACAAUCGAAAAAUGAUAAACGUGUCAUUAAAUGUGGUGAAAGAGGAUGACGUCUGUCGGAAAUAUCUACCCCAGAUUGAAGAGUUUCUCUGGAAGAAUCUCGAUUUCUGUCUCACGAAAAAUAUCAAAACAAGUUCGCCGAGUCAUUUUCUGACCUUGACCCAUUGCGAUCUGUGGGUGAACAAUAUUAUGGUCAAAUUUGAUAAGAAUAGCCGAAUCACUGAAGUGAAAUUUGUCGAUUUUCAGUUGUAUGAAUACGCUUCGUUUGUGAGGGACGUUGUUUUCUUUAUUUUCAGCAGCGUCCAAACUUCGGUGUUGAAGGAAAGUUGCGACGAUCUUCUGUUACACUACUUUGAUAGUUUGAUAAAGCAUUUAGUUUCCUUGAAGUGUGACACUAAACUCUUCACUUAUGAUGCAUUUUUGGAUGAAAUCAAAAGUGUUGUACAUCAGGGUGAAUUUUUUCAUGUUUUGACCAUGUUACCUCCAAUUUUUGCUGCUGAAAAAGAUACCAAAGAGGUGGAAGCGCUGGAGCUUCAUGACGUUAUUUUUCAUGAGAGUGAAGUCACUGAGACACAUCGGGAAAAGGCCUAUUUUGUUGUGAAGGAAUUCAUACGAAGAGGGUGGCUGUUCCAAGGCGACUCUUGAUUUUUUAAUUUUUUUGCUUCCAUGACAAAUGUACGAAAAUUAGUUUGUAAGAAUUCAAAGAUACUGUAGUUUUAAUUAAUUCUGUAUUUUAUUGAUUUGGCUAAAUAAAUAUCUAAAUUACAA